AUGGCAUCAAAUCCCGGCCAAAUCUCGCCCCUACGAGGCAUAACCCGCCACAUCACCGGGCACAACGACUCGGGAAGAGCCGUGAUCCACUCCUCCACCCCAGGCCAAUGGGACGCCCUCGAAGAAGCCGGGAUGGCAUUCAACGUCGUCUACACGUCCCAAUUCCCCGCAGACCUGAACAACGACGCAGACAUCGAGACACACGAGACACUGAAGCAAUCAGGCAAGCUGGGUCUCGUGAACCCGGGCGGAACCGUGUGCCGGAUUGUCGACUUCGCGCCAAAUAACCAGGCGGUCAUGCACAGGACACAAAGUCUCGAUUACGGCGUCGUGCUCGAAGGCCAGGUUGAGAUGAUUCUGGAAGAUAGUGAGCCGGUUAUCAUGCAACGGGGGGAUGUUGCUGUGCAGCGGGCUACGAUGCAUGGGUGGCGGAACCCUAGCGAGACGGAGUGGGCUCGUUGUUUGUUUGUGUUGCAGGAUUGCCAGAGGUUGACGGUGGCUGGGAAGGAGAUGGGGGAGGAUUUGGGUGUCGCGGCUGGGCUUGUCAAUCCAAGUGGGAAUGAUCAGAAGUGA